AAAUAAGUUAGCUAUACAGACCAGAACAACAGCCUACAACAAACUCAUAAAUCCAAAAGACAUUUUGCCAAGUUUCAAUGCAACCUCAUCUCAUAGACAAUCGGUUAAUACCAAUAGGGCCUACGGAUUAAUAACACCCAAUUAAAACUCUGUGUUAACGUCUGACUAUGUACUGUAGCUAUUCAUCUGCACAAGCACAAGUAUGAAGGAUUCAGAGAUGUGGUGGACAACUAGUGAAACACUUGUAGCCAACUAGAUGGCGAUAGCGCUUUCGUUGUUCACCACCACUACACGUAAUAGUGAAAGGGAAGAAGAAGAGUAGCAACAUGGGCAUCUGUCCUCACUGAACUGAUUUGGUAAAUAAAUGACUGGAGUUGAGUCCAGGGCUAAUCUGCGUGCUGACAGCGUAUGCUCCGUCACGAAAGUCGCUUAUGAACUUUGAACACAUACUAUCACGUUCAAGCUCAAUCUUAGAAUUGAGCUCCUUUGCUUCUUUGGGGGUAAAAAAGAGAACGGCUGAUUUAUCGAUUCGCCUUUGUUCGAUAAGCAAGGCAACCCCUUUAAGUGUUGGAGUUGGCUAGGCUCUUAACAAUCAAGCAGGAGCAGGGGAAAGACUCGAGAGUUCGAACAAAAUGCAUGUGGUGAUCAGACGGUUCCGGACCACCGAUGGAGAUGCCAUCAGAGCGUUGUUUCGCGACGGGAUUCAGGAGCACAUCAACCCCUCCUUCACCCACGCCAUGCUCCAGCCGCUCUACCUCGGGCUCACUUUGUUCCUAUCUGCGGGGGGAUUCCUGAUGGGUGGCUGGGUCGUUGCUGCCUGCACCGGUGGGGCCUGGCUCGGACUAGUUUAUUACUGCUGCCAUGAGUUGUACGCUGGAUUUGUCAGGGAGAGACUACGCACUGACAUGCAAGACAUCCAGAGCAGCUACCUCAGCGAUGCCGAUAACUGCUUCUUUGUGGCGGACACAGAGGUGAACGGGAGGUCGGAGUGUAUGGGCAUGGUGGCCGUGACGGGUAAAACAGAGGCCGGUAGUGGACAGCGAUACGGCGAGCUGUUUCGCAUGAUUGUGUCAUCGGCGAGUCGCCGCACGGGCCUCGGAACCCGACUGGCCCAGACCGCCGUUGACUUCUGCAAGGAGCGCGGCUUCUCCAAGGUUGUCCUGGAAACGAGCUCCACUCAGACAUCUGCGGUGGCGCUGUACAACAAAAUGGGCUUCACGCUUACACACACUCACACCACCACAGAGUCACCCCACUGGGUCACCAGCCUCACCAGGGUCAUCAUUCUGAGGAUGGAGAAAACCCUGUGACAUCACGACCACCAGUCCGUGAUUUAAAUCAAACAGAAUUCACCUCUGCCCUGACUGGACUAGUUAUGAAAGAACUAGUUAAAAGGAAACCACUUAGCUAUGUAUUAUGUAGGCGUCUUUCCACAGGAUGGACAAUAGAGUAUUUGGUGAUUGAAACGCUGUGCGAAUGUGGUAGCCUCAACGUCUCUCCCUGUUUUCUAGAUUUCCUCCUAGGGACAGUAAUCCAAUGGGCAUAAUUGUGUCUCAAUAUAAUUAUCACAUGAGGGACUUUCAAAUAGUGAGACUGAACAGGACACAGUUAAGAAGCAGCCUGUGCAUCUAGAAAUGUUCCUGACAUCUUGAAAAUCUCAUGUCCCAGGCACAAGGACAGUUGACAUUUGGACACACUUUCUCAAGUUGUUAAUUAAUCUAGAAAAAUGUGGUUAGGCAAAUCAUUGUUGGGGAAAAACCUAACCUGGUGUGACUUUCAGUAUUGUUGCUAGAGGGAGCUAUAGAGUUUGGAGGCACCAUGACAUAUUAGGCCACACGCUUUGAGAACUGUGAAAAGCGCUAUAUAAAUGUGAUGUAUUAUGAGAUAGCAUAUCAUCAGACUCCUUUAGAGCUGUUAUUACAAUUACACAUGAUGUUAACAUCACUCUGUAAUUCCCAUGGAUACACACUGAUGCCAGGAUAUGGUGUCUACCAUGACAUAGUUAUGACAGUGUUAUGACAAAGGAUUUAAUUAAAGUUUCACUUCUUCUGGGACGUCUGAAAGACCUCAACUGGGAUUGAGUGUGCUGAAGGAAGUCAGACAUUAUUGGCCCCUCUCAGAGGCAGAAUGCUGAUAAUCAAAAUAUUCCAUUCACCAUGGCAACAAAGUAAAAACAUCUGUAAAAA